AUGUCUCUAAUGCAGCAUCUCUUGCUGUGUUUCUCCUUGUCACUUGCCCUGAGUGGUCAGCAUAUACUGGGGGCUCCAAGUGAGCCUGGCGUGCUCCACUGUGGGCAGCAGAGCUUUCAGUUCACUGUGAACUAUCUCCACCAGGAUGGCAUGAUGCCUGUGUUCCUAGCUUGGGACCACAGAGGGCUGCCACACAGGCUGUUGAACAGUUCCGAGUGUGGCACGCGGGUGAGGGAGGACCCCGGCGGCUCAGUGACAUUGGAAGCCAACUACAGCGGCUGUUAUGUCAAGGAGCGGGGCUUUUACUACACCCUGCCGAUCGGGGUGGAAGGAGUAGACGUAGCUGGACACACGAUAUUCAUGAAGAAGAGGCUCCUCAAGUGUCCUGUGAAUUUUUCCGCCCAAGACCCUUCAGGUGCUGACCUGUGUGACUCCGUGCCUGUGGAGGACAGAUUCCCAUGUGUAUCUUCUCUAGCUUCUCAGAGAGACUGUGAAGAGCUGGGCUGCUGCUUCAGCCCUGCAGGAGAAGCAGCCAGUUCCUGUUACUAUGGAAACACAGUAACCUCACACUGUAGCCAAGAGGGCCACUUCUCCAUUGCUGUGUCCCGGGAAGUGGCCUCUCCCCCACUACGCUUGAAUUCUGUGCACCUGGCCCUGGGGAAUGACAGCGAGUGUGAGCCUGUGAUGGUGACCCAUGCCUUCGUCCUAUUCCAGUUUCCAUUUACUUCAUGCGGGACCACAAGCUGGGUCACUGGAGACCAGACAGUAUAUGAAAAUGAGUUAAUUGCUAACAGGGAUGUGAGAAGUUGGGAUCAUGGCUCUAUCACUCGUGACAGCAUCUUCAGGCUUCAAGUCAGCUGCAGCUAUUCAUUAAUCAGUAACACAUUCCCAGUUAACGUCCAGGUGUUUACACUUUCACCACCUCUUCCCAAGACCCAGGCUGGACCCCUCACUCUAGAACUUCAGAUUGCCAAGGAUGAGGACUACAGCUCCUACUAUGAGGCUAGUGACUACCCAGUAGUGAAGUUCCUUCGGGAUCCAGUCUAUGUGGAGGUCUCCAUCCUUCACAGGACAGACCCCAGCCUGGGGCUACUCCUACAGCAGUGCUGGGCUACACCUAGCCGCAACCCCCUGCACCAGCCACAGUGGCCCAUUCUGGUUAAAGGCUGCCCCUACGCUGGAGACAACUACCGGACUCAGAGGAUCCCUGUCAACACAGCCUCAUCCCUGCUAUUUCCCUCACACCACCAGCGCUUCAAUUUCUCCACCUUCAGCUUUGUGGACUCUAAAAGGGCAAAGCAGGCUCUAAGUGGACAGGUGUUUCUGCACUGCAGUGCUUCCGUGUGCCAGACUGAGGGGAUGCCAUCCUGCACGGUCACCUGUCCUCCCGCCAACCGAAGAAGAAAAUCUGACCUGUAUUUUCAGAACAGAACUGCCAGCAUUUCUAGCAAGGGCCCCAUGAUUCUACUCCAAGCUACUGAGGACCCUUUAGAAAAGGCUCGUAAAUCUACAGGUGCUCCUGUGGAUCACCAAGCUCUGUGGGUGGCAGGACUUUCUGGUACCUUCAUCAUCGGAGCCUCGUUAGUAUCCUACUUAGCUAUUAGGAGAUGGAAGUGA